AUGGUGGUCAAAGUUUACUGUUGGGAAGCGAAGGACAGUUUCGGUCAUUUCGCUGUCAAACUGACAGACGAUACUUAUCUUAGCUUUUGGCCCUUAAAUCAGUACGACAUAAAUGAUGCUAAUAAUUUGCGACAUACGGCAUCAAGGUAUCAUGAUGAUUCAAACGAGGAUAGGCUGGUUGAAGGUCGUGUACAGGAUGAGAUUAUAGAGAUACAAAAGGAUCUUGAUGAACAAAAAAUUAAAGACUUUUGGGAGGCGAAUAAAACUUCGACUUUUGGUAUGUUUAAUAACUGCGCGAUCAUGACCUUUAAGCUAAUUGAGGCGGGUGGUAUUGAUGAAAAUGAUCCCGAGUAA